UCAAAUGGGCUAUUCAUAAGCAAAAAGAAAAUGACAAAAACAACUCACUGGACUGUCGGUAAGAUUGAAAAAGUACGCAAUUUCCUAAAAAAACCCUAUAAAAAUACAUAAAAUUGCAUCGAAACGAGCGUCGGGAAGCCCAAAAUACGUCGUUUUCUUUACCUCGUCGACAUCCCGGCAUAGUUCUAUUUUUCACUUCUCUCAUACAUCUUCCUACUCCACACACCUCCUCCUCCUCCUCCUUUUUUCCCCUUUCUCUUGAAUGCUCAAAUGCCGACACCACAUUCUCACCUAAAAAAAAGGCAUCCAAAUGGAACAGGUCGGUUUCUGGCAUGAUUAGAAUAGUAGUAUAUGGUGCACCACUCAGGGCCUCAAAAUGGGCCUUCCAACUAUAAAAACUGACUUCAACUCCUCUGCACUCUCACUUGUGGAAGUCUUCUUCAGUGGUCACAAAAACAACUUGUUACCCUCUCCUUACUCUACACCUCUACUUGAUUCCUAGCCAACAAAAGUGAUUAAAAAAAAAAAAUCCCAUGUAAAGAGCACAUUAAGUGGCCAAGUUUCCUUUCCCUUCAUUCUGUUGCUACAAAAUCUCUCAAUCUUGCCCAUAACCAAACACUAGUUUUCCCAUGGAAUUCCCUUCUUGGGUUUUCACUUUGUUUUCCUCCAUUUCACUGUGCUUUCUCUUGCUUCCAAUACAGGGUGGGCUCCAAACCCACAAGGGAAACUCACAUUUCCUGCCAUUAUCUCAGAUUUCACUCCCUCCAUCUCCUUCACCUGAGGCUUCUGCCCCAAGUCAUGAUCCCACCCCAGUUUUCAGUGUGCUUUCUUUUGGUGCUGUGGGGGAUGGAGUCACCGAUGACACUCGAGCGUUCAAAUCGGCUUGGGACACUGCUUGUCAAUCCGAAUCAGCGACUCUACUCGUUCCUGAUAGUUACUCUUUCAUGGUGCAAUCCACUAUAUUCACGGGGCCUUGUAAAAGUAGCCUCAUAUUCCAGAUCGAGGGAAUUCUGAUGCCACCGGAUGGACCUAAGUCAUGGCCUAAGAGCAACAGCAAGCGACAAUGGCUAGUGUUUUACAGGGUCAAUGGAAUGGCGAUGCAAGGGGGUGGUUUAAUAGAUGGGAGAGGAGAGAAAUGGUGGAAUCUUCCUUGCAAACCUCACAAAGGACCUAAUGGAACUACCUUGCCUGGCCCGUGUGAUAGCCCAGUGGCAAUAAGGUUCUUCAUGAGCUCCAAUUUGACAGUACAAGGGCUCAAGAUCAAGAACAGUCCACAGUUCCAUUUCAGGUUUGAUGGUUGCAGGGAUGUCCUUGUAGACUCUCUCUACAUAAAAGCCCCUUCUCAAAGUCCCAACACAGAUGGAAUCCACAUAGAAAAUACAAACAACGUGAAAAUAUACAACACAAUUAUCUCCAAUGGUGAUGAUUGUGUGUCUAUUGGAGCUGGUUGUUUCAAUGUAGAUAUAAGGAACAUAUCUUGUGCACCCAGCCAUGGGAUAAGUAUCGGCAGCCUCGGCAUCCGCAACUCCCGAGCCUGCGUUUCGAACAUCACUGUGACCAACUCAGUGAUCAGGCAAUCCGACAACGGCAUUCGGAUCAAAACAUACCAAGGUGGGUCAGGAUCAGUAUCCAUGGUGACCUUCAACAAUAUUCACAUGGACAAUGUCAGGAACCCUAUCAUCAUAGACCAGUACUACUGUCUCACCAAGAGCUGCACCAACCAAACCUCAGCAGUCCACAUCUCCGACAUCACGUACGCAAACGUCAAGGGCACCUACAGCAUCAAGAGCCCACCGCUGCACCUGGCGUGCAGCGACGCGGUCCCCUGCACUAACCUCACUUUUUCCGACAUAGAAUUGCUUCCGGCUCAGGGACGGAUCAUGUCGGAUCCGUUCUGCUGGAAUGCCUACGGGAAGAUAAGUAUGCUGACGAUCCCACCGGUUUAUUGCUUGUCGGAGGGAAUUCCGGACACAAUACCGCCAAUCGACGGCGAUCAGUGCUGAUGAAUCUAGAGCAAUUAGCAAGUGUACAAUAGGUCUAGAGGUGAGAAAAUUUAGUUCCAAUGACGAUUUUAGGAAAUUAUGGAGGUGAACAAGGAUAGAAACUUGUUCUAUACAGUAAGUUAUAGAGAUAGAACUCUUGAUGAUUUUCUCUUUCCUGAAGCUAUGUAAUGUUAUUUCCAACGCUGAAAAAUUGUCCCAAAAACCUCCUUCGGUUGCAAAUGGCUUGUGAUUCCAA